UUCCACAAUCCACAAAAAUCCCUUUUAUUUUUUCUUGCUAUGGAUCAACAACCACUAUCACUGCUGCACAUCCAUGUAAAGCUCCUAGGUUUCAGCCUCCACUCCAUCACUCCUUGGCCCAAUAACCCCUCCAUUUUCUACCUCAACGGCAAACGAAUCUCACGCGUUGAAAUCCUUGGUGUAGUCACUUCCCGUGACUAUAAACCGAACAAAUUCCUUAGAUUCACCCUCGACGACGGCACCCAUUCUAUUACUUGCAUUCUCUGGCUUAACCACCUCACUUCCCCUUUCUUCGCUUCCCGUCAACCCGCUACGCUUCGAGUUAUUUCUGAUUUGGCUAAAUGCUUCGCCGAUGAUAUCCAGUUUGGGAAAGUAGCUAGAGUUCGUGGGAGGGUUAGUAGCUAUAGAGGUGAUUUGCAGGUCACUGUUUCUGAUGUUGUUAUUGAAAGGGAUCCUGAUGCUGAGACUUUGCAUCGCCUUGAUUGUAUUAGUUUGGGUCGCCGGUGUUACUUCGGUUAGCUCCGGCCAAGAUUAAAAGCAAAUUAAUUGAAUUGGGCAGUUUUGUACACAGUGAAUUAGACUGGUCGAUUUGAAUUUGAUGAAUCUUAUUAUUACAGUCAAUAUUCCUGUAUUUGGUAGAUGUCUUCGAAUAAUGUGAUAUUGUGUUCUCUA